GUGACUCAAACUCACAACAUUAAAAGCAUAGCCACCCUUAUCUCUCUUUCUCUCCCUCCUCAAAUUUAACAUUCAAACUUUCCAAUUUUUCAUUGAUUGAACAAUAAAAAUGCAAGUAUCAGCAUGCAAUUUGUGGUCUAAGGGAGUGCCAAUUCCAUAUCCUUUAAGUCGCCGUGAGGUUUGCUUUGAUGGCAUAUCAUCUGUUUGCUCUAAUUCCCCAAACGACGCCGUUUCUUUUCCUCAACCCAAUUUCAAUUCAAGGACUGUUGAAGAUCAAACUCAGGAUUCGGGUGCUAUGCUGAAGAAGAUUAUUGUGUCCCCAACAAGACGUGUGUUAAUGGCAAGCUUGACUAUGUUUUCCUGUUUUUGUUCUUCAAGGUACUUGUCAGGUCCGCACGGUUCUGUUUUUGUGUUUAAAUUGUUUGAUUGUAUACAAACAGCUUUUUAAAGAGCUUAUUCAUAG